AUGGCAACCAACAAGGAAGGUAAGAGAAACUUUUAAAAAAUGAUUAUUAAGCCCUGAGCUUUCCAUGUCGGGAGGAACAUCGGCAAGCGUCGCUUCAGUUUAAGCUUGCCCAGCGCUUCCUUCAGAUUUGCCUCUUUGUCUUUUCCCAGGAGGAAGCCACCCCAAAGUCGGAGGAGAUAGAAGAAAAAGGACCGUUUUCACCCCUGCCCAAAUCGAGCUUUUAAAGAAGGAGUUUGAAGAGAACCAGUACCCCGGAUACGAGACCAGGGAGGCGCUGGCGAGGUGCAUCGGAAUUGAAGAAGAUCGUGUGCACGUAAGAAUCGGGAUGGUGGGGGCUCCCAAGACUUCCCUAAACCGCACAUACUGGAACAAUUUGAAACGCUCAGAAUAAUCCUUGCGUAGUCGAAGGCCUUAGUUCUCCCGGGUGCCUCUCAGCUUUUGGGGGGGGGUGUAUCGUGGAUGUAAAGGGUGGGUGAGUUGUGCUCCCUCCUUUUCAAAUUUAGGAAGAAAUUGUGCCCAUACUUGUUCAGAAAUCAUGGUUCCUGAUUAAGGCUUCCUUUUCCUUCCAAGUUAAUUUAUGCACAGCACGCAUUCAUUUAAUGCAGAUUCUGAGUUUUCUGAGAUUCUGUCCCCAAACAGAGCAGAACAAAUGGGUAGGUCUUCUGAGUGAGGUAUUUAAAAUUACUAUUACUAUAUUUAUGGAAUUUUAAAAACAAUUGUCUUCCAGCACAAAUGCACACAGAGAUGUUAAGUCUUGUAUGCAGGCAUCCACUUGGCAUUAACAAAUGCUUGACAAUUUCUUACAGAUGAAGCUCACAUCCACAGGUUAUACUUCAAUAAAGUGAGUCUUGUGGAACUGUACACUUGUGCAGCUUUUAAAGUGGCUUUUUCUGAUACUGCAGAACAAAAUACUGUACAGCCAAAUAGCAGUAUUUAGUCAUUCCAACUUAGAAGCUUUAUGAUUAACAGUAACGGGAUAUUAUGAACAUGGGAUAUUUGAAUGUGGAGCUGAAGAUAGUAGAAAAAUGCUGCAGAGAACUAAAGAGAAACCCCAGAGGAAUAAGCAUAAUUUAUUAAAUGUAAUUCUCUCUGUUGGAUCAAAAAGACAUAUUCAUGGUAACAAUGUCUUCUAUACUGGUUCUCUCCUUUCUUCUGUUCAGAUCUGGUUUCAAAAUAGACGAGCCAGAACACCAAAGAGGAUUGGUUCCAGGAUAAGGAUCGGGAACCAUGCUGCACCUCCUUAUAGCCACAGUGAAGGAACCCGUCCAAGAAGCAGCCUGGACAGCAGCCCAAGAAGCAGUCCAGGAAACAGCCAAAAUAUUCACACGGAACAAUAUUACCAGCCACACAACUUGCAUUAUGCUGAAAGCUAUGGAGGAGCAGGGUUGUGGCAGCCACCUCUCAACAACACGCAACCAGGAGAGCACCUCUGUGCCCCGCAACAGCAGAGCUCCCUGGAAUUGAAGCCUGCUUAUUCCCAGCAAGCUGCUUUUUGUGGAACUGGGCUUUAUGAGACUUCCCAGGCGAGCAACUGCCCAGUUCCAUAUUACGGUGCGGAGAUGGUGAGGCAGCCUCCACCAUCAGCUGGGAACUUCUUCAUGGCAUCAAGCAGUUAUACUCCCUGGUCUGCAACGGGGAAUUAUUCAGCUACAAAUCCUGUACAAAUGCAGAACGUUGAUGGAAGUGUUUCGGACUCUCAGUUUUUCUCUUUAAGUCAGGUUCCAGAUUAGCAUCCCAACUCCUUCCUUGCUAUCCUGUACAUAUUUUCCAAGCUCCCUCUUUUAAUGCCUUUUAUUGUAUUACUUUGAUAUUUUGAAUAAAGUUUGUUCCUUUACUAGCUUGUCUGGAGUCUUGAUUUAAUUUUCCAUUUACUGAAACAUUCACUUUCCUGUGUGCAAGCAUAUAAACAUGGGCUUAAUUUUCCCAUAGAAAAAAGUCAGUUGUGAGGUACAUGUGGUUCUAGAGAUAAAAGGUCAGGUCUCCCCCCCCCAGGUUAAUUCCCCCCACCCCAAGGUUUGUGGUCUACUGCCUUCAAUGAAGCUUUAUGGGAGGGUUGCCUGUGAACUAGAGGUACCACUGUAUAUGCCUGAGGGAAGAUAGCCGCGCCCUGUGGUGGCGCCUGGGGAGCGGCUACGAGAUAACCCUUAAGGGCUUCCCUCUCGACACUGUCUUCCCUUAUUACGUUCCGCCGCAUCAGCGCUAUAACGAACGUCUUGCUGGGGCAACGGGGGGGGGGGGCGGGGGUGUCCUUCCCGCUCCUCUUUCUGGUCCCAACGGCCGCCCAUCCCCCACACCCGCUCCCGUCGCCUCAAAGAAUCAGUGUUGACGCCGCGCGCCAUUUCCCGCUCAAACCGCCCCGCGCAUGCGCCCCCGCCUGUCCUGCCUUGGCGCCUUUUGGCCACGCCUUCCCCUGCGGCGUCGCCUUGGCCGCCCUCCUCCUCCUCCCUGGUCUCCCCGCUUCUCCCCUCCCCCCUCGGUCUCCUCUUCGCUCCCUCUUCACACAAUGGCCCCUCACCCCACCCCGCAGGGGUGACCCACCCGUGAGGCGAGAUAAGCGCAUUAGCAUGUCUGGCCUCUGAGGAAGGCUGCCCCCUCUCGCCUUCCCUGCUGCUCCUUUCAUUCCUUCAUCCUUCUGCUCCCCUGUGGCCCCUCCAGGCUCAGCGCCCCAGGGCAGGGGGACCGGCUGGGCUGCCCUAAAUCCGCCUCUGCUUGGGAGCUGGAUCUUCCUCACUUCCACUUCUACCCCACUCCAAAUCUGCCUCUACAGCAGCUUCGGGGCGAAGAGGAGGCGCCACUGGUCUCUUCCCGCCUUUCUUCGCCAUUUGAUCUUGAUCCCCCAACAAUCUCCAUUCUCCCCUUCUUCCCGGGGGGGGGGCAGUUUUGGGACUCGUCUCAGGGGACCAAAUGUCUAGGCCGGCCCUGCUGACCCCUGCAGGAGUAAGUCUGGCCAAGGUGGCUGGGACGUCAGCUCAGGCAAAUGCAACCCAGGGAGGAUUUCACCCUGAAGCCUCUGCCCCCUUUUUCAUCUUUGCCUCCUUCUGAACCUGCCCCUGGGAAUUCGGCUGGUGUUUCUCUCCCUCCUCCAUAAGGAAAGCCCUGAGCACUAGCAUUCCCUGGGCGGUUGCCAGAUGCUGAGGGGUGAGCGCUCUGCACAUGCCUAGGAGUAAACCAUCUACCAGCUCCUGUUAGAUUCCCUUAGGUGAGAGAAAAGGUUUCUAGAGUGAUAGCCCAGUAGGUGCCUCCCAGAACUCAUUGGAGGAAGAGUAAAUGGUGACCACCACAGCCCUGUCGAAAACGAGGACACAGAUAUCAUUCAAUGGGUCUGUGCUAAUGUAGGUAAUAUUCAUCUGUCUGUUUUGAAGUAUGGUUGAUUGCCACCCCCCUCAAUUUUAUUAUUUUAUCACUUAGUAAACCACGUUGCAGUUUUUUGUUUUACAAUCAAGUGGUGUAUACAUUUAAUGAAAUAAACAAAUGGCCAAAGGCAACUUAAAAACAAUUACUGUAAUUUUAAUACAAAUAUACUACUUCUCACCGUAUUUAGGUGACCUGAAUGCCUGCUUGGUCUGCUGUCCAAAUGCUGACUGUUGGUGGGCAUUUGUUUGAAAACUGCAGCUAGACUAUAAAGCCUUUCAAAGAAUGGUGUGUCUGCUAUGUCUCUGUUCCAGCACUCUUUUGUUUAAUCAAAUUUCCACUAUACUUUUCUUCAACAAGGCUACACUUUGUGAAAAACAACCUACUCACAAUGGGCUUCAGAAACCACAAAGUGGCUGUCUAACAACAUGCAGAUUGUCACACUCACACAAAUUAAUUAAUUAAUUAAUUAAUUACAGAUCGUUCCAAAGAGCACCCACAUUGAAGUAUGAUUUCCGGUAUGCCUGACCUGGAGUCCUCAUUCAGUGCGGUCCAGGCAGAUGACUGUAUAUCCUCGUCCUCUGUCAGUCAACCUCGCUUGGUAGAUCCUCUUGUAUCCGUAACCUCUUCAAGCCAACAUAUAAACGUUAAGGAAGCCACUGUGCAAAGAGACAGCUCAGGCUUUAUUGAAGACCCUGCUGGCCACAUCAAUCAAAUUACCACCCCUUCGAUACCUUCGGCUGUAUCACGCCUGGCGCGGUCUCAGACCCUUGGCAAUGCUUCUUCCACCAGCAACCAGAGUAUCUGACUAGCACAUAGUCCCUCCCCAAACUGCUUCAAUGUGCUAUCCUGGAACGUGGCGGGAUGGACGUUCAAACAGGAUGGCGGGGAUAUGAUAGAGUUUUUAGCGAAAUUCCAGAUUAUGGGUAUACAAGAGACCUGGUGCUUAGAAUCGUCACCCCCCCCUUCCCUAUUGGGCUAUGAUGCUUUUGUGAUUCCUGCGACCAAAACACAUUUGUAUGGGCGCCCUAGUGGAGGCCUGGUAACAUUUGUUUCGCAGGAGCUUCAUCUUAAUAUCUCUCCUCUCCUUUGGUUAGAGAGUAAUUGUAUUCAAAUUUUGCACAUCACUAACAGCCCGGUUGGGGACUUCAUAUGUGUUAAUUUGUACAAUCCAUCUACCUACUCCUCUUCCCAUACAAAUCGGUUUUGGGAGGAUCUAAGAUUUAUCCUUGAUAAAUCUGUGGCUGAAUUCCCAAAGUCAGAGAUCCUCAUAAUGGGGGACUUUAAUGCCAGAAUCGGAGCAGAUAUAAGCUCAUUCACCGAUAAGUCGCAACUAUUCAUACAAGAGGAGUGGUUUCCUACGUGGAAUUCACAUGACAAGACCAUUAAUAGGGCUGGCAUCAUACUGUUGGAGUUUACCAUUAACUGCGGGCUGCACAGCUUGCAUGGUACACCCAAAGACUGGUCCGGGGAUACUAUACUUUUCUAGGAUCUAGAGGGGCAAGCGUUAUAGAUUAUAUCUGGUCCUUUUCGGCACUUAAUGAUAAGGCAUAUUGUUUCAAUGUGUUCAACAGAACCGAAAGUGACCACCUUCCUAUUGCCAUCUCCUUCCACCACACACAGCUGGGGCUCCCCAGCUCACUCCCCCACCAGGAUUCACUGACCUUAGCCCCGGUCGUAAGAAGUGGGAUAUCUAUUUGGAGCAAGACAUAAAAGUCCUCCUAAAUUCCCCUGAGAUCCUAGCCCUGAAAGCUCAGCUGGUAACAAUGAAUGUGAAUCAUUUCUCAAGUUUCCAACAAAUUCUAGCCUACUUGCUCCCAACACUUACGAAACCCUCCCGUGCGAGUCUAACCUGGAAGAAUCAAACUUGGUUCGACCAAGAAUGCAAACAGUGCAGAAGUAGGCUUAGAUUUCUUCAGUCUGAUAUGAAAUCAGACAGCACCCAGAGCAAAAUCAGGGAGUUAGCCCAAUUCCGUUCUUACUACAAGAAGUUGCUCCAACAUAAGAAAUUGAUCUUUGCGAAAGAACGCUGGACGGCAUUGUCAGUGGCCAUUAAAACCCGUGACGACAAGAAAUUCUGGAAUUUAAUUAAUGCAGGUUUAAGACCCCCCUCAUUCAUCGUUAAUAACAUCACAGCAGCCAGUUGGCACUCUCACUUUGCUCAGCUGUAUUCUGCCCCAGAUUCCGACGUAAACGCAGUUUCCACUCUUCCUGCAUCUCCCUUGCCCACCUGGGAGCCAGUCUCCCCAGAGAGAUGUGUACAACUAAUUAGCAUGUUAUCAGGGGAUAAAUCCCCGGGGGAGGAUAUGAUUCCACCCGAGGUAUUCUUAUCGAACCAGAUGUGGUGGGCCCCUAUUUUUGCAUCUCUCUUUACCACUAUUAAUGCCACUCUUAAGAUCCCGCCAAAUUGGAAACAGAGCAUAGUCAUCCCAAUACAUAAAAAGGGGGACCCACAAGAUCCGCGUAACUAUCGACCCAUCAGCCUGCUAGACAUAUCAUACAAGGUUUACUCUAGAUUCUUGCUAGAGAAAUUAAUCGAGUGGGCAGAAGAAACAAAGCUAUUCCACCCGGAACAGGCUGGCUUCCGUAAAGGUCACAGUACAUCUGGCCAAUGUCUUGUUCUAUUUACCCUGAUUGAUAAAUACCUAAACAGGUUUAACUGCAAACUACACGCGGCUUUUGUGGACCUGACCGCCGCUUUUGACUCCAUUCCCAGAGAUAGGCUAUGGCAGAAGCUUAGUUACACCAACAUAGAUAAGAGACUCCUCCUUCUUCUUAUGGAAAUUCAUAAUGACAUAUCGGCCAGAGUAAAAUUCGGCCCCCUGGGAGCUCUUUCUGAUUCUUUCCCUCUGAAUAAAGGGGUCAAACAGGGCUGCCUCUUGGCCCCUUUUCUAUUCAAUUUCUAUAUCAACGACAUCGUUACAACUAUGCAGGCCCUAAAUCAAUCUGCCCCUCUCUACAACAGCUCAAGAUCCCCAUAUUACUCUAUGCGGACGACAUGGUGAUACUGUCUUUAACCAAGCAGGGCUUAAACAACAUGCUCAGAGGGCUCAUGACAUAUUGUGAUACCAAUUCCCUCAAAAUCAAUUUCGCCAAAACCAAAAUUCUUACUUUUGGCACGAAAACUCGGAAGUCAUUCUGGAACUUUGAGGGCCACUCUAUUGAAUAUUGCUCAGCUUUCAAGUAUUUGGGAAUCACUUUUCAGCAUGGGCUUAGCUGGUCAGCUCACCUAAAUAUGACCAUCCUGGCUGCCCGUAGAACCAUCAAAGCCUUGGAGAAAUUCUUCUAUGCAAAAGGCGGCCAGUUGGUUCCACCAAUCAGAAAAGCAUUUAUUAGCAAAGUCCUCCCGAUGUUACUGUAUGGGGUUGAAAUCUGGGGGUGGAAUUUAAAAACACUUCAACGGCUGGAGAUUCUACAAAACUCUUUUGUACGAAAGAUACUGGGUCUCCCCAAGGGCUCGGUUGCUGCUCAGUUAAGAACAGAACUGGGCCUCCCCUCCAUUGUUGCGAGAGCCCAUAUUAGAAUUAUUAGUUUUUAUUGCAAAUUAAUCAAUGCCCCAGGUUCCCUACUAGCCAGGCAAGCCUUUUUAACUUGUUCUCACUCCAACAAAUGGUCCAAGGCCAUGGAGACUAUUACUGUACGCUACUCCCUCCCAGAAUUCGACACGUUGUCAUCUUGGGACCAACAUAAAAUCCGGGACUGGAUUCUUAUAAGAGAUGAGGCCAUGGACCGGGCACAGUCCACCUCAGCUCGCCUCUCCAUGUGGCUCCCUAAAGUGAAAGUGGUAAGAUCACUUGCCAACUACUUGAUAGACCUGACGGAGCCCAAUUUGAGAAGAGCGUUUACAAUGGCCCGUUUUCAUUCUAUACCCACGGCCUUCUUGCAGGGGACCUACUCUAAGACCCCUAUUACUCAGCGUCUAUGUCCAUGCACAAUGAAUGAAGUAGAGGACUUCAUACAUUUCUUUUUCUACUGCCCUAUUUAUGACCCAAUAAGACCUAAGCUCCUCCUCUUGAUCCCGUCCUCCAUUUCAUCUAAGGAAGACUGUCUGAAAGCACUUCUUGUGGACGCAAAUCCCCAAAUUUCACGUGGGGUGGCAAUCUUCAUAGUGCAGGCUCUGAAACUCAGGGCUACUCUGACAGGGUAGUGUGCCCUAGUCCUGGACCUGUUUAAUUCUUUUAUUACCUUCUUAACUCAAUGUGCUGAGCCUAUUUUGGGGCCAUUUUAUGCUUUAUUUAUAUCCGCAUACUAGUUUUUGGUGCUGGCAACCAAAUCUUUGUAUUAUUGUCUUAGGGUGUUUUAAAUGUCAUUACGCCAGCAAUAUCGCUUUGAAUUUUGCUUGGUUGCUUGUCCCCAACAUUUUUGUAUUGUCUUAUUUUGCUAUGGCUGUAUGCUAAUGCAAUUAAAUUAAAAUUGAAUUGAUUUCCGGUAAAAUAACUUAUGGUGAAAAGAAUCUUUAGGCAAUCUUAAUGCAUGGAAGCGUUAUGGGUAUUUAAAGAGCUUAGAUGGUUAUUUGAAGCUUGCUCUUUAAAAUAUACAUUGAGCUUUUGAAGGAAAUGUCAAGACACAACUCCAGUUUUUCUGAUAUCUGCAGGCAUAACACAUUGCCCACAGUCAAAUUGGACUUAUUUGAGUAAUAUAAUAAUUUUAAUAUUUGAAACGGAAAUGAGAUGAAGUGGGUGUCGAUCAGGGAGAGAGAGCUUUAUUGGCAGUAACACCCCAGCUAUGGAACAGCCUCCUCAGUGAGUCUUUCCUGGUGCCUUCUUUAUCUUCUCUAAAUCAUCUAGUGAAGACCUUUUGGUUCACCCACAUGGUUUAAUUCUUUAUUGAAGCUUGGGUGUUUUAUACUCUCUGUGAUGCCAUCCAUAUAAGUUGCAAAAGAUGUUUUUGGUUCUCUUUUAUCUUUGGUUGAUCAUCAUUUUUAAUUAUUAUAAAUCAAGACAGAUCCAUAUAGUCAGAAAUACGUCCCUCUCAAUCCCUACCAUUUCCUUUACUUAUGUUCUGGGAUUUGGCGCCCAGAAUCUUAAAAUUCAUUAGGAGAUCUGCCCCUGAUUCCAAGCUACUCUGUGUAUAACAUAGGCAAAAUGACAGAAUCUACAUGCUAGAACAGCUUUAGAGAGAUAGAUAAAUGUAAUACAAUAGAUAAAAGGCAAGAUUAAAACAACUCCCAAUUGAGAUCAAAAAGCUAAGGUUGGAGGAUAAAACCUGCAAUAAGAACAAGAUACAAAGCUGAAACUAAAUCUAAAUGUCUUCACCUGACACAUACAAAAACAUCAAAGUGAUGUCUCUGUGAGUGGAAGGUGCAGGAUUUAUUUCCCACAUCCAUCUCUCUGAAAGAGGGAAAGAGUUGAGUGGUGGUGAAGAGAGGGCAUCAUUCCGCAGCAGAGACUGCUAAAUAAGAGGGAGUCACCUUUUCUUUCAGUUGUUUUGCUAAACUGAGUCAAUCCCCUCCCUCCCUCCCUGGCCACCCCUUUGGCCGUUGACUCUUCGGCCGACAGUAAUAACCAAUUGACUUUGACCUACUUUAGUCUGUGAUUUCGUCCUUAGCCCUUGGUUUUAAGCAAUGGCUCCAACCUUAAACUGCUGUUGAUUCCAAGAAACGACAGACUAGCUGAGGUCGUUUAUUGCAUUUUAAAUUGUAUUCACUGCAUGUGAAAAAGCAAUAAAAUACAUUUUAAAAACCGGCGUUGAUAUGCUUAAUAUUUCGCUGUUGGCCCGUUUCGAGCAGUGGUUCCAACCUUAAACUGCCAAGUCAGUGCAAGUAACUACGCCACAACUGAAUAAAGUGGCGAGUCCCACACCUGCAUCGUACAUAAAUCACACUUGCGGUCCAACCAAAGAACACCUUUACAAGGUUGCACACACUUCGUAUCUGAAACGGAAUGCAAUCCCAAUGCAAUCCCUUCUCCGUGGGUUUGAGGGACUGACACAACAGCCCUGUAAUGCAAGUCUGUCGCAGCUCAAAGGUUGGGGGUUAGGUUGCUCUCGGUUUCCUACCCAAAAUCCCUAAUAGAAGGUCAGCCUUAUUGAAACUGCCCUAUUAGGCGUCCUCCCAGUGUUAAUUCAACACUCCAACACGUAUUUCCGAACAGAAACCUGACCUCCUGGUCCGUGUGUUUCAGUAGCCAUGAAGUUUAAAUGUUCAUUAAAACAACCAUCAGCAAAGCGCUAAUAUCAAAUUGGCAUUGCUACUGUUCAUAUUAGGAAGUUACUUUGUGGUACAUUCUGCUUUGAAAUUUGUCAAAUUAUAAUUUAUGCGGUGAAACAUUGUGAUCUUUGAAUCUUGGAGGAGAAAGGGACAUAAUGUAUAAACGAAGUAGUAAUAGGUUGAAACGCAGCUAUGUAUUUGAUACCUCAACUAUGCUUGCUUGUUUCCCUUUCCUCGUCCUCCUACAAAUAAACCCAAUUAUAUGUUCUUAUGGUUUUUAUUUACUGAAUUUAUACGCCGCCCUUCGGUGCCCACAUCGGCAAACAGAAACAGUACACAAUUUAAAAACAAAAACAAAGCAAAACAUUCUAAAACAUUUCGAACAUUAAAAAUAACAAUUGCAAACACCUAAAAGCAAUUUCAGUUAGGAAGAAUCCUAAAAGUAAUUAUAGGAGGUUUGUUGGUUUGUUUUUUCAACUAUUCUUCUGUCCGCUGAUCUCGGGGUUGUCAGGAACGUUAUUCUGCAGCCACCAAAUGCCUGAGCAAACAGGAAUAUUUUCAAAUUCCUAAUGAAACGCAAUAAUGAUGAAGAGAGAGAGCUUUCCGCAACCGGGGAACCUCUUUAAAUGGGCUGGCUGUCCAGAUCGAAUUAAAGCAAAUUAAACCAACUACAACGGCACUGUCGUCUUAUUUAUUUUUGGGUUUAUAAAAGAUUAACAUACGAAUCCUAACUUGCAGGUACCAGCUUGGAAAAGGCAUUCUUGGUGCAAGGAACUCCUCUUCUAAGAUGGCGGGUGACCUUGAAUAUCCAAUGCACCGUUUUUAAAAGAACGUAAGCUGUUUCCUAAGUCUUCAAAACUAGCGAAAAAUGAAUGCAAAUUUAAUCAUAUGUUAAUAAAAUAUAGCUUGCUUACAUAGCUUAGAUUUCUUUCUUCGGUUGCCUCCGCUCUUAUGCAUACCGUAUUAUUCGCAUUUGAUACGAUUGCUGGCAGUUGCCAGAGCCUCCAUCCAAGGCGAUGUACUAAUUUAUUUAGACGGCAGAUGCUGAAAUGAGGGGUAUUGGAAUUAAGUUGUUCCAAGCUUCUUUGUCGAUAUGAAAAAAAUUAUACUUGGUUCUUUUAGAACAACAACAAAACCUUUUAAAAAGCAGAGUACCCGUUUAAGAUACGAAGUGUGUGCUAAAGUGUGUGGGGGGGGGGUUCUUUGGUUGGACCUCGCAAGUGUCAUUUUUGUACAAUGCGGGUGUGGCUUGGCAAAGAAAAGGUGUAGUAGGCGCCCGAAAGAUAUAUCUCUCCCUCCCUCUCUCUCUCUCUCUCUCUCUCUCUCUCCCUCCCUCCCUCUCUCUCUCUCUCUCUCUCUCUCUCCUCUUCCAUUCAGAUGAAGAGUCAAUUGCCAAAGGGGGGUCGACGGAGGGAGGGGUUUGAGCCAGUUUGGCAAAGCAACUGAUUUUUUGAAAGAGAAUGUAACUGUUUCUAUUGGUUGAGAAGCAAGGGUGAAACGCAAAAAUGAUGAAGACGGGGCAGCAGACUGGGAGGGCAUUCCUCAACCGGGAAACCUCGUAUUGGUAGAGAAGUAAGGGUGGGGUGACUCCUCGUAUUGGUUGAGAAGUAAGGGUGGGGUCGCCCAACGGAGAUAAAUGCCCAGACUGAAUCCCCUGCAGAGUGAACGAACCAGAGGGAGUUUUUUCCAUGAUGGCAACCAACAAGGAAGGUAAGAGAAACUUUUUAAAAAAUGAUUAUUAAGCCCUGAGCUUUCCAUGUCGGGAGGAACAUCGGCAAGCGUUGCUUCAGUUUAAGCUUGCCCAGCGCUUCCUUCAGAUUUGCCUCUAUGUCUUUUCCCAGGAGGAAGCUACCCCAAAGUCGGAGGAGAUAG